GGUUGUUUGUUUUCCCUCCUCUCCUUCUUGUUGCUUGUGGAACAGCGCCAUGCUUGUUGUUGGAGGAAAGAAGGUGGCUGUGGUCCUGGCUGUCAUCGUGGCCGCCGCUGCUGCUGCGGUGACGGUGAUGGCUGCGGCUGCUGCUGAUCCGUCCUGCUGCAAGUACUGCAGCGAUGGCUCAAAGGCGUGUGGGGACUCGUGCAUUUCGGACUCAAACACGUGCCAUCAGCCCCCAGGCUGCGCCUGCAAUGGCACUGCACCACCGUCUCCGCCCUCUGAUCCGUCGUAUGACCACCAGACCAAGACGUACCACGCCCAGUUCAAGCCGCUGGAGCUGUCGUCUGCGGAUCUCACCAUCACCCCGUUCUUCAGCCCAGAUCACUCGGUGGACACCAUCGUGGACUUUAUCAGCAAGGCCAGCAAGACGCUCGACAUCAUCACGCCAAGCUUCUCCAGCUGGAGCCACUGCUCGAGCGGAUCGCCCUGUGUUGGCUGCAAGGUGUCCACCUGCAGCGGUGAGAAGUUCCCCGUCUUCCAGGCCAUCCUCAACGCCGCGCACAGGGGCGUGUCCAUCCGCAUCAUCACCAACGACUUUGGUGAUGUGACGUGCGAGGGCAAGAUUGCGCCCUUUGACUUCCUCUCGCUCAACGGCGUGAAGGUUGGCAUGUACACGUCGACGACCUUCACCCACUCCAAGUUCAUGAUGCGGGACAGCAACGCGGCGUCCAUCUCCUCCGUCAACUGGAGCCGCAGCUCCUACAUGAAGAACCGCGAGGCCGGCGCAAACAUCGAAGGCAAGGACAUGGCGCUUGUGAUUGAUUUCCUGACGGCGGUGUAUGAGCGGGACUGGGAAGCGACGCGCCCGUACAACGUGACCAACUCGUACUCGGCCUCGGAUAUGGCCAUCAUCACCAACCCGGCGCACCGCGACUUUGACAUCCCCUCUGGCCCAGACCGCCCCUACGUCUCCCCAAAGCCAAAGCCCAUCCCCAUCAAUGCCCCAUUCAAGCUGUGGACGUCCCCCGACUUCUCGUACAAGGCGCUCAUGUCUGAUCUCCAAGCCGUCAAGCACUCCUUCAAGCUCUACAUCUACCAGGUGACGGACGACCGGCUGUGCGACUGGCUGCUGGAUGCGCACAAGCGCGGCGUCAACAUCACCAUGCUCGUCUCCAGCGAGAUUUACGGCAGCGGCGACCAGCAGAAGGCCAGCGAGUGCUUUGAGAAGCUCCAGGCAAAGGGGCUCGUCAUCCACCGCGCCUGGCAGUUUGGCUUCUACAUGUACAACCACCAAAAGUUCUGGAUUGCGGACGGCACGCGCGUGUCGUUUUCGACGGGCAACUGGAGCCCCUCGGACUUCCCUGGCGGCGACGGCGCGUACCCGCCGUACGGCGAGCCCGGCUGGCAGAGCGUCAACCGCGACUUCAACGUGCGCAUCGACGACCCGGCCGUGGCCAAGGUCUUUGACGAUGUCAUCAUGGGCGACUGGAGCAACUCCACCACGUGGCACCCGCCCCACCACCACGCCGGCGCCGUGUCCAUGACCAACCUCUUUGACACCAUUGAGCAGCUGCCGUGAGGUCGCUCCCUCGUCUUGCGGCGGUUUGUGUCGCUGGCGGUGGUGUGGUGUGUCUUCUCUACCACCGAACCGUCUCAAGUAGUUGUAUGUGAUGGUGGAUCACGUUUGUUGCGGGCUUAUCGGCGGACUUGCAACGCCUUUCCUGCGCGUUUUGUAUGGUAGCUUGCUGUGCGGUGUGGAGCAUGCGUGUGCUGUGUGUGUGUGUGUGUGUGUGUGUG